UAGGUAAUUGCGAAAAAACGUUUAUUAAAAAUGCGCGCAACGCAUUAAAUAGCAUCGGUUUAAUAGCCAACUGUCGUCGCAUAUUUAUUAUAUAUACAUAGAAUGUUGACUUACAAGAAACACUGCGGUCAAACGUUCACAAGCAAAAGAGCACGUCUUUUUCCGGGUGCUUUCUGCUGCCGCAUUGGCGCAGUUUUCGUGUCAAGGCCAAUUGAUUCCUCCGCUCAGCGCGAAAGGCUCAGUUCUACGGGCGCAGCUGCUUCUCGUGGUCGGAAUCUCCGAGCCCCUUUCAUUUUCCAGCGACAGGCAUGGCUCAUCUGGACAAGCUGAGUACUAAGGAGUUGGAGGACAUCCUCUGCCAACUCUGCACCGACGAGAACAUCAAAAUCGCCGCCUCGGGAGACGACGACUCCAAGAAAAACCUCGCCAAGAGCGCCGGGUCAGCCAUCGGCGGCAAGAUGCUCAACAAGCUGGGCGGAUUCGGAAGCAUGUUUAGUGGUGGCUCCAAGGACAGCAAGGACAGUGGCAGCAGCGGAAAGGAGGCGGAGAUGCGCCCGGCCGCCGAUGUGAUCAGGGAGCUGCCCGAGAAGGAGAAGGACGAGCUGGCUGACACCAUCCAGAGCACCAUCUCCAAAUUCGGAGACUUCAAGGACCCGCAGGCACUUCUGAAGCUCAUCACUGAGAAUGCAAUGGUCAAGCAGCUCAUCACUAGUGCUGUCAAAAAUUUCCUUGGCAACUUCCUCAAAAGCGCUGGCGGAGGUGCCGCCUGAGUCCUGGGCUGCACAGUUCUCUCCCUUACCCCGACCCUCUGCUCCUCAAGGGGGCAAGAUAGCUGCGCUUGUUGGUGUUGUCUUCUUAUGGCUUGCUCUGUAGCAGCUGCUUUCCAAACCGCCUCCUCCCUGUCUUUACAGCCCAAAGCUGCUGCACUGCCUUUUUCCAGGGCAGUGUUGCCAAGCUCAGGAAAAAAUUAUUCCACGAGAUGCCACCGAGCUUGCUUCAAGAAGUUGCAAAUUUGCUCGUGUCCUGUGAUGUAAGCUUGCGCGCUCUUUCUCGUCCACAUAUCUUAAUUUGCCAUGUUACGUGCCGAUUUCCUGGUUUAAUAAGGGUGUGUUCAUUUCUGGUUGGCAGGAGUAUGAUUAUUCUCACAAUACAGUUCGAGAUACCACGAGAUUGCGAUUAUUCCACGGGGCAAAAACAUCUCGCUCAAUCACAAAACAUGGGAUAUUUAAAUCCCGUGAUUUCCCACAACCUUGCAUUUUUUUAGAGGAUGUUUUCGACAAAAAACUUUUUUCCUAUCUUUAACAUCUUGUGUGUGUGUGCAUAUAUAUAUAUAUAUAUAUAUAUAUGCACACACACACACACACACUAAAUUAACCGACCAACAAAACCUAAGUAGAUGGCCCAUAAUAUCUCAGGGACUGCAUUAACAAUGCUUUGCCAUGCAUGCUUGCACACGUUCUCUUUAAAAAAAGAUUGCUUAUUUUGGUUGGAACUUUUGUUGCCCUGAAUUUCAUUUUUUUUAUAUAUGCAAACAUUCAUUAUUAUUAGGUGGUAAAAUCCAAAUAAAGUUCAUCAGUCAUACUGUGCCCAUAUAAAAGCAAUACUUGUUUGAUGUUUUGAGCAAAUUAUAGUGAAAAAGAACAGCUUAUUCUAUGGACAAGACAACGUGCAGCACUACAGCCACGAGUACCAAAAGCUAUUUUUGCUGAACCAUUUGCCACUGUGACAAAACAGCCUUAACAAAUACAGGAAACAAAGUAGUAUUUGAUAUCUGUAAAAUUUCGGAUUGCAUAGCUUUUUUGUUUAUAUUUAUUUUGCUUGUUCUGCCGUGCACAGUCUCUUCUUCAAUGGAUACACUGCCAUUGUUUGUGUUGGAGAGGAGUGAGCAAUCGCACUUUCUUUUUUCUUAAAGGGACUGUCUACCGCUCAGAAAAGUUUGUCUGAUUGUGGUGCAAAUGACAAGAUUUUUCAUCAUAUUGCCGACAACAAGCAUGCCUUUGUCCUAUAAAAAAAAGAUUAAUUUUAACUUGAUGUUGAAAGUCGACAAAAAAUGUGGUAAAUCUACUUGUAGGACAAGAAAUCUUUGAAGGUAGACUUAAUUAGCCUAAAAACAAACAUGUAAAACUUGAAAUUGCAUUUUACGCACUUGAGUCAAGCUUUAAGUUGCAGCAGAGACUAAUUUUUGCUUUUUUUUUCUCACGCAUACAAAGAGGUGCCUAGUGGCAUUGCCGGCAAUGUGUUCGCUUGCCUGCAUGCCUGCCUGCAAACAAUGUUAACGCAAGCACGGCGUUCGCUGCCGCUCAGAACAACAAAAAAGUGUGUAUGUUCUUUAAACGACCACUAAGGUAUUUGUUUUAAUAAUAAUAAACUUGAUGGAGCCUGGAAAAACCGCAGACUGUAUCAGUUUGCAACUUCCACCACCAGUAAUUGUCAUCGCCUCCACCGAACAGUGUUGUGGAUAUUCAUCCCACCAAUGGAAGGAGACUGAAUGCAGAUAGAAAAUUUUUGUUGUAAAAAUUUGUACACACUUUCCAGAGAAACAGCUGCAAAGUUACACUUCAGAUGGUACGCUUUUUAUUGCGACACAAAACAAAAAAAGCAAUGAAGGAGGGUAGACAGUCCCUUUAACAAAAUGUAAAAAAUGUUGACCGCCCAAUUGAGCCUUUUGUGUGCAGCAUCAGCAUUGUUUAUUUAAUGUUGUUUACUGAAGUGCAAAAAAAUUUAUGUGCAGUUGAUUUUAUACAAGAAAGGCUUGAGAGUACUUGAGACACUAAGCAGUGUACAAUCAUGAACAAUUGCAGAUCGAUUUUCAGUUAUAUUUGUAUAUUGCUGGUUCAUGUGUUGACAACCUAUUUUCGUUUUGUUAAUUAGGUAUAUUGUUCUGCAGAACUGUGUUGUUAUAUAUUCAUACAUACAAAAAUCUAUACUGGCUUUAUGUAUACACCACAUGCUGUUACUUUAUGCAGCUAUUGUGAGCACUCAAAUAAAGUGUCUACAGAAAUUGCAA